CAUUUUGGAUUGAGCAUAUAUCUUCUACAACUUCUAACGAGAAAACGGGAAAAAUUUCUUAUAUUACACCUCCAUGACAGACAUUAAAGCUCUUGAAUAUCCGACCUUAAAGGUGCCGUAUGAAAUCUUAAAUAAAAAAUUUCGCAGCGCCCAAAAAGCUAUCGACAGAGAAGUAUCUUACGUGGUAAACGCAACGAACGAGUUGACCACAACUCUUAAUAAACAACCUGUGAAGGCUAAAGAAGUUGCUGGUAUGUUAGAUGGAGUCGUGCAGAAAAUACAAGCACUUAAAAGAAAGUCUGAAGAAUGUCUAAACCAAGAGGAAGCCUGUGUUAAGCAUUGUAAAGCAAGACUUGACCACAUAAAGGAACACGCAGAUGAAAGAAAAAGUUCUGUUCUUGUUUGGAAGAAGAAAAGGCUUGAUAGGAUGCUUGUUGACCAUUGUUUGAGGCAAGGCUUUUAUGAGACAGCCAGGAAACUUUCAGUGGAUGCUGAUAUUCAGAGUCUUGUUGAUAUUGAUCUAUUYGUGACGUCAAGACAAGUAGAAGAAGCAUUAUUAAGAGGGGACUCAUCCCCUUGUUUAAGUUGGUGUUAUGAAAACAAGUCAAAACUACGGAAAUUAAAGAGUACCUUAGAAUUUAAUGUGCGCAUGCAAGAGUUUAUUGAGCUUGUUCGUAGAGAUGAAAGAAUCGAAGCAAUCAAGUAUGCAAGAAAACAUUUUGCUAGUGCUGACCAGACAAUGACUAAAGACAUACAAAGGGCUAUGGCAUUAUUAGCAUUUAAACCUCAGAUGGCUUGUUCUCCAUAUAAGGAAUUGUUUGAUCCAUGUCGCUGGAAUCGUUUAGUAGAACAGUUUAGAAAGGAGAAUUUCCAACUUCAUCAGCUUAAUGAACAGUCAGUACUAUCAGUUACACUACAAGCUGGCCUAUCAGCAUUAAAGACACCUCACUGCUAUCAAGACGGUCACAAGAUGGCUGAAUGUCCUGUUUGUAGUCACCCACUGAACAUCCUUGGAGAUCCUCUACCGUUUGCUCAUUGUGCCCAAUCACGUCUUGUUUGUCCAAUCUCAGGACAAAUUAUGAAUGAAAAUAACCCGCCUAUGGUCUUACCAAAUGGUUUUGUGUAUGGAGAAAAGGCACUGCACAUUAUGUCCCGCGAAAAGCAAGGCAAGGUCACAUGUCCAAGAACCAAGGAUGAUUUUCCCCUAGACCAGGCCAUGAAGGUCUACGUCAUGUAGAAGAGUUAACAGUUAUAUUUUAUCAUUUAGUUAAGUUUGUUUGAGAGAAGUUGCUUUAUAAAUGAAUAACGUUUCUGGUUGUACAGUAUAUGCUGUGUAAUAUAAUACUAACAACACUAUCUACUGUACUAUUAUUCGCAUAGCCUAUGUAUUGUUUUGUUUUUGGUUUGGUUUGGUUUGAUUUUGUUUGGUUUGGUUGGAAUUGGUUUUGUUUGGUUAGGAUUGGGUUGGGUUGGUUUCCUUGUUGCUAUUAUUCUUUUAAAAUGAACUACACGUACUUUUGCCUUCCCUGCAUGGGAGAGUAACCAGACAGAAUUUUAGGGUUGCURCCAUCUUAUGAAAUUAGAUAUGUCAUCCAAUUAGAUCUCAUUCUAGAUUCAAAGGAAAAAUUAAGGUGUCCCAAUAGUAUAUUUCAAUGUUUAAUAAACCUUCUAAUUUUCCUUGUUGAAACUGUACAUUUUCAAUGACCACAAUCAUUCACAAUGUGUACAUCUUGUGCAUAUCAUUCUAGCAGGCACCAUGAUGAUGCACUUCAAAGAGCAUGGUCAAUCAUCAUUCAACAAGGAUCACAUAAGCAGCCCAUCAUUCAGUCUUUAUCAGACUCCAAUAAGAAGUCUUCUCGAAUAAACUCUAAUUUAUCAUUAUUAUUUUCUUAUCUCUAUUACAUGUUUGUUUUAGUUUAUUAUUGAUGGGUUCUAACUUAGAAUAUCUACAAGUUGUAUCAUAGGUAAUAGAAAGGACUGUCCUCUCAUUAGCUAUGGUUGUAUGAAGUAUUCACACUUCAGAAUAUAUGGUUUACCAAAUUUGAAACCAACUUAUUCAAUGGUUAGUUUUCAGAUAAGAAAUAAAAUGUAUAAAAAUUAGA